GUUCCCGGCUCAGGCUGCUCACCUGGCCCUCACCGACCCCAGCGUGAGCCCAGUUCCUGCAUCUCACCACCACUAACCUCCCCCCGAAGUGGAGGAUGUGCCCCGCACGGGAGGCCGGGCCUGGCCUAAGGCCACUUCGGCAAUCCUUCCGGCCAGAGACUUCUGGGACAACCCUCCGAUCUGCAAUUUCACUUUCUGGAAUUCACCCUGGGGCCCAGUCUGAGAUGCUCCCAGAGAGGUUUGCGGUGACAACAUGUCCAAGGCAAAGCGUCCUCGGAGGGGUUUGGGCAGAGAGCUGGCCUUUCCGGGAACUCCGGGGCUGUGGAGAAGGGGGCGUUACGGUGCGCACCCUCGUCCCCGCCCACAGCAGCCCGGCCGAGGGGACGCUGGAACUUCUCGUUUGUCCUUUGCACGAGCUGUAUAAACAGGGAAGCAGCAGCGGGCCGAAAGCCGCCCCGGAGGCGCGCUCCGCGGCGAGGAGGGGCUGCCCGCGGGUCCCGGCAUCCCGCGCGGGGGGUGGGGCGCCGCGACGUCAUCGCUGCGCGCCAGGCCGGAGCCGGAAGUGCGGAGCCGCUGUCGCGGCGCCACGUGCUGAGCGUCCGGGAGUGGGACCCCGCCGCCCGUGGCGGGUCCCAGGCACCUGCCAGAUAGCAACACCAUGAGCUUCGUGGCGUAUGAGGAGCUGAUCAAAGAGGGUGAUACGGCCAUCCUGUCACUGGGCCAUGGUGCAAUGGUAGCAGUGCGUGUGCAGCGUGGGGCACAGACCCAGACCCGGCAUGGUGUCCUGCGGCACUCAGUAGAUCUCAUCGGCCGCCCCUUCGGCUCCAAGGUGACUUGUGGCCGAGGUGGCUGGGUGUAUGUGCUGCACCCCACGCCUGAGCUCUGGACACUGAACCUGCCACACCGCACCCAGAUCCUCUACUCCACCGACAUUGCUCUGCUCACCAUGAUGCUGGAGCUUCGGCCUGGUUCUGUGGUCUGUGAAUCCGGCACUGGCAGCGGCUCCGUGUCCCACGCCAUCAUCCGCACCAUCGCGCCCACAGGCCACCUGCACACCGUGGAGUUCCACCAGCAGCGGGCGGAGAAGGCUCGGGAGGAGUUCCAGGAGCAUCGAGUGGGCCGCUGGGUGACGGUGCGCAACCAGGACGUGUGCCGCAGCGGCUUUGGUGUGAGCCACGUGGCAGAUGCUGUUUUCCUGGACAUCCCGUCUCCUUGGGAGGCUGUGGGCCAUGCCUGGGAUGCCCUCAAGGUUGAAGGUGGGCGCUUCUGCUCCUUCUCGCCGUGCAUCGAGCAAGUGCAGCGCACCUGCCAGGCGCUGGCCGCCCGCGGCUUCUCGGAACUGAGCACCCUGGAGGUGCUCCCGCAGCUGUACAACGUGCGCACCGUCAGCCUGCCUGCGCCUGACCUGGGGGCUAGCCUGGGGCCCGACGCCGGUCCCUUCCGCAGCGGCACACCCAUGAAGGAGGCCGUGGGCCACACAGGCUACCUGACCUUCGCCACUAAGACCCCGGGCUAGUGGGCCUCCCGCUGGGAGCUGCAGGGAGCCGAGAACCCGCGGAGGGGGCAGGGGGGCAGCUCAGCCACAGGCCACCUUAUAUGGUCAGUGCACGCCUGCUGGGGCCUGUGUUUAGACAGAACAUGUGGCGGGCGGGGCGGGGCAGGGCUUGGGGGCCUCUCCGGGUGGGAAGGUCUCCCGCCCAUCACCCCUUGUUCUGCUGCUGUCUGUUUCCAGAGUCUCUGCUGUCACCGGCUCUUCUGGCUAUUGAGGCCAAGGGGUGUAGGUGGUGGGGCCCUGACCCCUUCCCAGGUAGCCCCGAACUGGCAGGGGGGUGAGGGAGCCAGGAGGAGGAGGAGGAGGAGGAGGACCACCGGGUCUGUGGGCCAGCCCCUCUUCCCUCGGGAGCUGACGGUGCUGGGCUGGGGGAGGGAGAGGUGGGCUUGCUGGGCGGCCUGAGGCCUGAGGCCCCCCGCCAAGAGGACCCUAUAGGCCAAGUGGGAGUGCCCUGUACCCCCUCCCAUGGGAGGGACAGGGCCCGGGCAGCCUUGCCCGUCUGCCGCGCUUCUCCUGCCACUGGAAGUGCCUUCGUGGCCCUGGUCCAGCCAGAGCCCCGGCGUGUCAUUGAGAACAGAGCGCCACUUAGCCAGGAGCCUGAGGGGGACGGUAAAGUGCCUCAGGUGGCCCGGCCCGACCCUCUCAGAGCUGUUGGAACCCUGGCUGUCCAGCCCCGGGGCUGCUUGGGUGCCCUUGCCCCCUCACAGGAGUGCUGGGGGCACGGGGUUGCGUCCAGGACGGAGGGCUGUACUCCGUGUCACCUGCCUGGCCCUGGUCUCCAGCUCUGGGCCGGGUCCCUGGCAUCCCUGCCUGCCUCGGUUGCAUGAGGGCCUGAGCGUCUGCCCUUGGCCUCACUGUCCUCAAGAGCUUCCGUUUUCCACAGUAAGACAAGAGCCCCAGGGAAGUGUGCCGCCAGGGGGCUGGCUCCUGACCGUGCCUGGCAGAGCAAUAAACACUCUCGCUGC